GAAAAAUCUUAAACCGUCCACCGAACCGUCUGUUAACCGCCGGUUUGAUUUAAAAUUAAAUAAAAAUAAAUACAGUAUGUAAAGGUCAAAAUUUCACGACUGGUUGAAUAGUCAAAGGGAAUUAUACUCCAAAGUUACGCAGAAUCUUGCCGAGAGCGCUGAAUGCCUAUAUAAUACUAAUAAAUUUAUAAUUGGAAGCUGCCAUCGUAUGUUCCACUGAACGCUGCCGUCGUCCGCUAUUACUUCGCCGCCGGCCUCCAUCUACCCAUACCUGUACGGUUUUACUCUUCAGCUGAGGGCGGCCGGAAGCCGACGACCCACAACCAAUCAAAUUUCGUCGGUCUACCGAUCAUAGCAGUCCUCGACUCGCCUUUUCGCAUUCAUACAUUGCCGAAACGUGCUCCUUUAAGGUUUUUAAUGAUUGGCAGUUCAAUUAUGUCUUCUGAAUCUGGAUUCUGGAUUGUGAAAGAAAAUGGAGCACUUUGCUCCAAAUUUGCGCGCUAUUGAUUGAGUCUUCUUUAUGCCAUUUUGUCCAUCUCUCGUGGUUGAUAACUAAACGGGGAGUAAAGCAUGAUUUUGUUAGUUUUUCAAUUUGUUACUUUUCUUUUUGGCUGCUAUUGAUAAUUACAGAUUGUAGACAAGAUUGUUCGUAUUUAGUCUGAGGUGCGUUUUGUUUAAUUUCUCGUAGUGAACUAUUUACUUGGAAAACUUUAGCUGGGGCUGUGAUCUACUCGUUUACUUAUUCUGCUUUAAGCUCCAUCAAUCAAAGUUAAUCUUAUUCUGCUGGGUCCAUAGCGUACUAUUUCAGAUCAGUCGUUCAGCUGCUUUAUUUAAACUACAUUGUCUGCCCCUUCCUGUAGCAUAUAGAAUGCAUUGGGUUUAUGUUACUAAUGAAGAAUCUGUUUUGAGAAAAAACAUGUUGUGUUUAUGGAUGUAUUCAGUUCUGGUAGAAGACUUUUUUUCUUCUUUUGUUUUUUGUGGAGAAACAUGCCUUGUGUUUAUGCAUGUAGUGGACAAGUAUGGAAUUAAGAAGGCAUUUUUACUGUGGAGCAAAGGGAGUUUAUCGCAUUCUGCUAUGCAGCUUUAGAUCAUGGAAAUUUUGCUUGAUUGGUGUAACUCGGCUUGAGUGUUCAUGGCUUCCUUUUUCAUUUUCUUUUCAGGAUAACCAACGUCUCUAAUUGCCCCUGAUUGCCGAAUUUCCCGUGUAUCUGUUAUGGCUAAUGAUGAUGACUUUACAUUCUGUCCUCCUGUUGCUGAUGGCAGAAAAGACUCCAUAGAUGCAGAGAAGGUAGUUCAAGAUAUUGAUGGGAUGAAAAUUGAUGAUAAACCAGUGAAGAAUGCUGAUAGUAGUCAAGCUAAUGGUGUAAUCUGGAAGGAUAAAUUGCCUGAAAAUGUGAUCCAGAAGAUGGAAGGUACGGUAGGAUCGUUGUCAUUCAGUGUAAUCGAUGCAUCUUCUAGUAAACAAGUGAACCAACCAUUAGGCCAAAGAGAUGCAGACACUGGAAGUUCAACCAAUGCUUCACAAGCAGUGAAGACUCCAGUGAAGAAAUCCGCCCCUCGGGCAAAGGUUCCUUUUGAGAAGGGCUAUAGUCAGAUGGACUGGAUGAAACUCACAAGAACACAUCCUGAUCUGGCAGGGUUAAAUGGGAAUUCAAACAAGAGACUUAUUUCUUUGAAAGAAGUUAAAGAACACAAAACUGGGGACUCGAUGUGGACAGUUCUUAAGGGACGCGUAUACAAUAUAGCUCCAUACAUGAAAUUUCAUCCCGGAGGUAAGUAAAUUAGUAAGUAGUAAUGGCUUCACCUUGUUAUUAGUUUUUGUACCCAUUGUAUCAUCUUUGUUAAUGUCUUACUUUUUUAUAUGUCUUAUUACAAUUUUAUACUUGUUUUUUCUUAAUCAAAGAGCUCAACUUGGUACCUAGAUAUUCAAUUGCCGAUACUGAGCUUACUGAAAAGGUUAUUUGGUGAUGAAAAAAAAAACUUUCUUAUAGCCUUUGGGGUUAUUAUUUAUGUUUUGAGGUAAGGAGUGCUCACUCACCCUUGACAAUUACUAUCCUUACUCUUGCCAUUGAGUUAAUGGGAAAUGGGAAAACUGCUGUAACUUUUACCCUUAGCUGCGCCAUUAGCUUUUGCAUAUUAGAUAAGGAGGUAUAAUUUGCAGAGAAGCUUCUGUGAAGGCAAUUGGACAGGCACCUGAUUCAGGGUUAUUUUCCAAAUACCUCAUAUAGGAACCUACUCUACUAGAUGUUUCAGAUAAGAUGCUAUUUUCAGUGUCUUAUAAGAACAGUCUGAUUUAUCUUCCUACCAGAGAUAUGACUAUUACAUUUUAACCUGAUAUAGUCAAAAGUUGGCUUUUAUUGGACCUUUGUAAUAUAACAUUUGAUACCUGAAGUGCUUGAUUUGGCGGAGUUGAGUGUCACAGUGAUCAAUAACUGAUCAUCCAUUUCCACAUUGCUCAAAGAAUGAUCAUCUCCUAAUAGAUUAUCCUUUUCUUUUAUUUUGAUGCCUAUGCAAUAUAAAUCCUCUCCAUCUGUACUCUUAUUUUCUCUUUUGGUGGUCGUCUAUUGACACUAUAGAAAUCAAGGCACUAUCAGAUUAAUGGAUUUGAUAUUUGGGACAUUGGCAACUUAUCAGUGUUGGUUUAAUUUCGUUGCAUUUUAAUGGGUGGAAUUCACAACUAUACACAGUCAGUUUUGUUUCCCUGUCUUACCAGGUGCUGAUAUGCUGAUGAAAGCUGUUGGAAAGGAUUGCACAUCUUUGUUUAGUAUCCUUUCUGUUGAGAAACUGUUUUUUGACCAUAACAAAUGUGAAGUCUGGUUACUUUUCAAUUUGCUUUCUAAAUGCUGUUAUAUUUGUGUUAUCUAGUUGUUUGCAUACAUGUCUAGCCUGAAUUUUGAUAUUAUAUUACUUUAUAGGAGAGUAAUAUGGCAAUAAACUAAUAUUCCGUGAUAAUUGAAAUGGAAUUGAGAUCUUAUGACAGUAGAACAAUGACUGGAGUUAGUACUCUGGGAUGCACAAUAGUAAGAGUCAUGUUUCUGAUUCUGCAUUGCUAAUAUUUUCCCAGUUCGUGACAAAGUUUGAUAAAGGAAGAAACUUUGAUGCUUAAGAUGGUUCUCUGAUCUGAUGGGUCUCUGAGACCCCAAUAGCUAUUUAUUUGGCUUGCUGAACUUGUGGUGGGUACUCUGGUGGAUGCGGGCUCAGAUCUAACUAUGGGGGUUUACUUUGGUAACUCUUUGCACAAGCUUCACCUAUUAUAUCUUGUGUCAUUGAGCCUCUUUUACUUGCUUAUUUCACUUUGUGCUCUAUGACUUAAUUUUUUCUUUCUUGUGACUGCAAAAGAGUAGGGAGAGAGGGUCCUCCUGUGUGUAGUAUAAGAUAAGUAAUGUAUGCAUAGAAUAUCUUGAGGAAAGGGAACUUUCGCUGUCCUUCGUGUUCCCUUUCCUAUGUUGGAACAUUCUGUGGUCCAAGUAGGAAUGACGGUGCAAAGGAAAGGGAUCAUAAGAUUACCACUAAUUUGAUCAUGCUGUGGCUUCUCUGCAAUGGGUGGAAUGAAAUUUAUCCUUUAGAUGAAGGAAUAAACCAUGGAUAUCUGAUGGGAUUGAUUCUGCUUGCUUGCUUUCUGAAAAUUUGUAUUUAAUAGCACAGAUCAUUUUUUUUGUUUGUUUUUUUUUUUUUCCGUUUCAAUCCUUAACUCCCUAUAUAUAGAUAAAUACCAUGCUUGGGUGAAUGAUGAAUUUUUAUUGGAGAAGUGCCUUGUGGGUACUUUAGAUGAUAGCAGCAAGUGAUUAGCCAUUUGUACCAAGAUUCAAGAAGGCAUAUCAAACCAUGUCAUGAUUACUGUCAAUUUUGGUUUGAGGAAUAAGUUAGGUACUGCAGCUGUCAAUAUGAUGGAACGAUAGAAUAAUGGUUAUCUCUGGUGUCUGGAAAAUGAGACUAUCAAUAUACCAAAUUAUUAAACCUUUAGAGAAAGUAUUGUAUAUGAACAAUUGUAGAUGACAAAGUAUAAUCCAAUCAACAAGAAUUGGUUAUGUAUGCCAAUGAUAUGAGAUAUUCAUUGUAAGCAAAACAUAUAGUAAGUUCAAUUGUUUUCCCUGUAUACAGACAUAGUUUUACUCUUCCAAGUUUUCCCU